AAAAGGUGAACAUAAAUCCGUAAUACGGCAUGCUAAAAUAAUGUACUUAGUACUUACAUACUACUGAGUUCUGAGUAGUAAGUAUGUGCUGCCGUCUAGACAAUACAGUAUAAAAGAAUAUAAUCCUGUUGUGUAUUGUUAGUAUUUAGUCGUAUGAUAGUGAUUAUUGUUUAGACAUUAGUGUGCAAUUUAUCUUUCUUUCAUUAAUUAACAUUAGUAUUUUCCUAGAAAAGAAACAAAGAUAUCAUCACCAUGGAAGAUGAACCAUUGGAACAUCAACCCGAAUUGCCUAAAUUGUCUAGAAAAAAGCCAAGAGGGCUUUUAAGACAAGAAAAAUUAAAGGAUCUAAAAAAUAAAAAAAAACAGCAAAAAAAGGACAGAAAGUUUAGAAAAGCAAGUGGUGAUCCUAAGCAGAUACCUCGUACAAUUGAAAACACAAGGGAACACGAUUCAACAAUUUUCCAUUCUGAUGAUGAAGACUAUGACACUAAGGCUGAAGAUCUAGCUGCUGAAUUUGAAAAUGACGAGUUUGCCGAGUACUACACCAAACUUUAUAAACCUAAAGUAUUAAUUACAUAUAAAGAAAAACCUCUUAGGAAAGUUAGAGAAUUUGGAAAAAUUUUAACUGAAAUUAUUCCUAACUCUGUUAGAGUGUUUCGUCGCGAUGCUUCAGUAAAAGAAACAAUGCAAGCUGCUAUUAAUAAAGGUUAUACAGAUUUGAUUGUUUUAAAUGAAGACCGUAAUGAACCAAAUGGUCUUAUACUUGUACAUUUGCCUAAUGGUCCAACAGCUUAUUUUCGUUUAAGUAACGUAAUAUUUCCAAACAAACGACAACGUAAAGAAUUUACUAAUCAUAGACCUGAAGUGAUAACUACUAAUUUCACAACUGGGUUAGGUAAAACUGUUGCACGGAUGUUAGGCGCUGUUUUCCAUCAAGAUGCAGAGUUUAAAGGAAGACAUGUAGUUACUAUGCACAAUCAAAGAGAUUAUAUAUUUGUCCGCCAUCAUAGAUACAAGUUUCUAAAAAACAAACCGUCACUCAGGGAACUUGGACCUAAGUUUACUAUGCGGUUACAAUAUAUUCAAGAAGGUUUAUAUGACCCAAAAUGUGGAGAAUAUAGAUGGAUUAUGACUGAUAAGAGACAUAAAAUUGAAACCAGUCGCAGAAGAUUUUUUUUGUGAUUAUUUCUAUUUGUAUUUUUAUUAAAGAAUUUAAAAUGAUUAUAAAAAUUGACAAACUAAAUAAAAAAAUGUAAAAUUAUGAA